AUGCUCGGCGGCAACCAGGCCUUGGCCGUUGCGCUGGCCGAGCAGCUUCGCAGCCUCCACCUCGGGCAAAUGCAGGUGCCGGUGCAGGCCGUGGUGUCUCCACCGGCGCUGGACGAGCUCCUCGUCGGCCCUGCCGCGGAGCCACCGCUGGGCUGCGCGAACACGCCGGAGAUGGCCUCCUGGAAGCUGCAGCAGGGGGAGCUGGGCCGCGCGGAGAGCAGGAGAAGCACGCAGGCGCAGCUCCAGCGGUGGCUCUUCCUCUUGGUCGAUGUCGACGACGUCGCCUCCGACACUUCCUACAGCGGUGGCCCUUCGCCAACGGCGGACGGGGCUCUCCGGCGCUCGCGCGGACCUGCACAAGCUCGUGGAGUUCAUGUUGUGGGCAUCGGACGACCGCGUGAUGCGCCACCUGAAGCUCCUCUGUGUGCGACCAUGGAGGAGGCCGCCGCGUAG